GCAUGCGCUGUCUGGCCGGGCUGUGGCGGGGAAAUGGCGGCGCCGGAGGGCGGCUCUGCCGCGAUGCCCGCGGCUUGUCCCGCUCCGCCUGGUCCCUCGGCUCCUGGCUCCUGGAGCCGCUCCUUGGACCGAGCCCUGGAAGAAGCGGCGAUCAGCGGGACCCUCAGUUUGAGCGGCAGGAAACUCCGGGACUAUCCGCGGGCCAGCGCCGCCAACCACGAUCUCAGCGACACCACCCAGGCUGACUUGUCACGGAACAGACUGUCAGAGCUUCCAGCAGAAGCCUGCCACUUUGUCUCCCUGGAGACUCUGAAUCUGUACCAGAACUGCAUUCGCUACAUCCCAGAGGCUGUUUUGAACUUGCAGUCGCUAACAUUUCUAAAUAUCAGUCGAAACCAGCUUUCAACAUUGCCAGUACACCUCUGUAGUCUACCACUAAAAGUUUUGAUAGCAAGUAACAAUAAGCUGGUUUCAAUACCUGAAGAAAUUGGACGGCUCAGACAGCUGACGGAACUUGAUGUGAGCUGUAAUGAAAUACAGACAAUACCUCCACAGAUUGGCAGUUUGGAGUCCUUGCGAGACCUGAAUGUCAGAAGAAAUAAUUUGGUGCGUUUACCUGAAGAGCUUGCUGAAUUGCCUUUGAUUCGAUUAGAUUUCUCCUGCAAUAAAAUAACAACAAUACCAGUUUGUUAUAGGAACCUCAGACAUCUUCAGACCAUCAUGUUAGAAAACAACCCUCUCCAGUCCCCCCCUGCACAGAUAUGUAUAAAAGGAAAAAUUCAUAUAUUUAAAUACCUGAACAUAGAAGCAUGCAAGAUAGCUCCAGACUUGCCUGAUUAUGAUAGGAGACCCAUGGGAUUUGGAUCAUGCCACGAGGAGCUCUAUUCCAGUCGUCCAUAUGGAGCACUUGAUUCUGGCUUCAAUAGUGUGGACAGCGGAGACAAAAGAUGGUCAGGGAAUGAACCAACAGAUGAGUUCUCAGAUCUCCCAUUACGUGUGGCAGAGUUCACCAAAGAGCAGAGACUGAGAAGAGAAAGUCAGUACCAAGAAAACAGAGGGAGUGCAGUUGUAAUUAAUGGUGGAGUGGAACACGAUCUCGAUCAGAUCGACUACAUUGACAGCUGUGCCACGGAGGAGGAGGAGGAGGAGGUGAGGCAGCCCAAGUGCCAGGACUCAGACAGCCUCAGCUCCCAGUUCAUGGCAUACAUCGACCAGCGGCGCAUCUCCAAUGAGAGCUCACCAGUAAAGCCUGUAUCCAUUAGAGAAUUUCAGAGAACAGAGGAUUCAAGACGACAUUUACAUCAAAACAGGGAUACAGAUGAAUUACGAAGACCUGAAACUCUAAAUUUGAUGCAGGACAGAGAGCAUCAAGUACUAAGGAGUUAUGUGGACAGGACAGAGAGACCCCUGCCUGAUUCACCUUAUUUUCUCUCGCUAUCAAGUCACCACAUCCAGGUGCCAAACGCAGACUCGGAGCUGCACCGCCGGCACAUUGAGCGCACCCGCCGGGAGGCCCAGCUGGCAGCCCUUCAGUACGAGGAGGAGAGGAUGAGAACUAAGCAGAUUCAGAGAGAAGCUGUCCUUGACUUUGUUAAGCAAAAAGCCUCCUUAAGUCCUCAGAAACAAAGUCCAAUGGAUAGUGAGUGUCCCUUUCCAUCCAGAAGGUCUCAGCAUACUGAUGAUAGUGCCUUGUUAGUGAGUGAUGACAGAUCUACCAUCUCCCCUGGCUCACCUACCGCUCAGACAGUCCACCUUUCCCCUCCAUAUCCUGGCCAUGCAGCCCCGCCUUCCUAUAGAAACCCUUCCCAGCGACCUGAGAGUUUCCUUUUCCGAACAGCUGUCAGGGAUGGAGCCAAGAAAGCUGUUGCUUCAUCCUCUACCUGUGCCUUGUCUCCCGCUAAUGAUUCUGCAGACCCUCGAGUGAGACAAAACUCCAAGCAGCGGGAGGAGGAGCUGGAGCUGAUAGAGCAGCUACGCAAGAACAUCGAGUCACGGUUGAAGGUGUCACUGCCCAGCGACCUCGGCGCGGCUCUCACCGACGGCGUCGUCCUGUGCCACUUGGCCAACCACGUGCGGCCCCGCUCUGUCCCCAGCAUCCACGUGCCCUCGCCUGCUGUUCCUAAACUUACAAUGGCAAAAUGCAGACGAAACGUGGAGAAUUUCUUGGAAGCUUGCAGAAGGAUUGGAGUGCCUCAGGAGCAAUUAUGUUUGCCUCUGCAUAUUUUAGAAGAGAAGGGUUUGACACAGGUAGCUGUGACUGUGCAGGCGCUCCUGGAGCUGGCACCCCCAAAGCAGCAGCCACUGCACCACUUGUCUGCUGUGUAAAGACCUCCGGGACCUUUUGGGUUACCUUGGCUAAGCAGAAGGACCUGAAGACUUUACUGCCCAUGCAGUGCAUCCAAACACACAGAGCUCUGUUCUAAGGAAAUGAGUUUCCGUGAUUCCUGACAGGAAUGUUUUACUUCAUUUCUCCAUUUUUUUGGAGAUCACAACAGUUUCCAGGAACAUUUUUAUUACCAAUAUUUUUGCCCCUUAUUUAAAAAAUGAGAGUUCAUUGGGAGGAGGGCAGGGAAUUCUAGUGGCUGGCUGUUGGAGCCAGCUAUAGAAAUGGACCUUGCAGGAUGAAGAAAUGGGUUUAGAGUCUGGAAAGCAAUUCCUAGGGGAAUUUGUAAAAAAAAAAAAAAGAAACCACCAGGGUGUUGUUGCAGUGGGCACGCAGGGAAUUAAAUUACUUUCCUUACCCACAGGGUGCAAAGAAAUGGAGUUUCUUCGCCUCCAACGAAUGGCUGUUUCUAUUAUAAUAUUUUUUAAAUUGCAUCACACAAUCUUAACCUGCAGUGUUUGAUAACAGGGUCCAACUUCACACAGCCGUAAUUUGUCUUGAUAGGUCCUCAUCACUAAAAGUUGAAAAAAAAAAUCCACUUUUUUUUUCCCCAGUGGAAAAAUUACUGCAUGUUUUCUCUGCCAGAAACACCUUAGUAAAAGAUACUAAGUCAGAUCUGUUCAAAUGGGAUUAAUCCCAUCAGCAUUCUUGCUGGGUUCACUUUCUCUUUGGGUUUUAACAUGUCUUUAUCUGAAGACUUUUCCAACAGCAGUGGAGGAGGAUUGCCCCUGUCCUCACAUCCCCUUCUGGUGGUUUUGUGGGAUCAGCAGAAUCCCGUGCAUUUCCCUGCAGUGGGAACAGUGCCAGCCUGCCCUGCUGGUCAUUAGAAGUCCUGCCAGCUAACACAUUUAUGAGAGGCUGAAGCAUCCCCUGCAGGCACAGAGUGGAUCUUGUUAAGAGCACAGUUCUCAAGUUCCCCAGGUGGGCUGGGUGUUGUCAGAGCAGCUGUGUGCUAAGGCAGCUCUGAAGGGUUAGACAAGGCUUUCAAUAAAGCCCUUUAUUAGUUGGAGUUCAUGUAGAGAGAUGUGCUGGUUUUACAGAACUGCUGUUACUUGAUUCCUCUUUCCAUAACAUAAUAAUGGAAAUUCACAGAACAGAAGUGGGAGAGGCAGCUGACAAAUUUUGCAUUUUCCUGGAAAGCUGAUGUGCAAAAUAAAGACAGGUCUGUAUGCUCUGGUCCUAGUGACAAGGCCAAGCUUGCUACCAGAUCAAUUAACAAUUCUUCCCCCCCCAAAAGGCCUUAGAGAACCCACUUUCCACCCAUGUGGUUCCUUUGUCCCUGAACAUUAUGCUACUAAUAAUACAUGGUACAUGUUCUGAAAGCAGCUCCAGGCAUCAGCCGUAUUCUGUCUGGGAUAUAUUUAAAGCAGAAUACACUGAGAGGAUUUUAUGCAGAUAAAGGAAGAAGAAAUGGAAACAAAUUAGCUAAAAGUCAUUUUUGCAGAAGUAAAACCUGCUGUGGGAGUGCCAAGGACUGGUCUUAUCUGCAUUUUCCCCCUUUUGAUUUGCAGUUUUGUUUCCAUUUUGUUUUGCUUCAUGUAUUUCUUUCAAGGGCGAUUGUGGUGAUUGUUGAAUCCCCUAUUUCUCAUAAUUAUUCCAGUUGCUUCUUAUUGGCAUUGGUUGGUCACAUUUCAAGUGAAGAACACCUGGGAGGUGUUCUUAAGAGUGCCCAGCUGCAAAGAGAAACCUCCUCAUGUUGGGCAAAUGCAGCACCCUGAGCCCUGCAGGGAAUGGGAGUGUCAGGAACUCACAGUACCCACAGGAAGAGCAGCUCACACAGGCAUUCUUGCUCCCUUUAAGUAGUUUUUGUGUUUCACUUGAUGCCAUUGGUGAGAAGCCUUGGUCAUUCCCACAGGGACACAGAGGUGUCUCAAGUGUCAGCUGCAGUUUGCUGGGGGGAAGAUGCUGCCACUCACAGGCAACACCACAGACACAGUCAGUGUGUUCCUGGUGUGUUUGUCUCUACAAGUAAUUUGAGAGAGAGGGAGGCACUGACUUCAUCUUGGUGUCCAACAGUAGGUCACCUGUUGUUACAGGGACAGUUGCAUUUACCAGCACACCCAUCAUGGGCUAUUUAAAUACCCCUGUUUGAAGGAAACCAUUCCCUUCAUGGAAUUGCAAGGGUGUGGUGAUUGCUCCAGCACUUAAGGAAAGUUAAACUUAACAGUAUUCAGGUUGGUGGAAAUUUUGUCAUUUAAUUAACAGUAGUUUUUAAUGGGGUGGGGGCUUGAGUCUGGCCUGCAAGAAAGAGCCAUUUCCCAUGGCCAUGUGUGGCUCACAACCUGGGUGGCUCAUGGCCACCUGUGGCUGGAGGCCAAGCAGGCAGAAGUUCCGUGGCACCAGGUAUUUGUUGUGAGCAACAUUCACUCUGGAGUUUCAGUGUAGUUAAUUGUGUUAGUUUGACAUUUGUAAUCUUAGGUUUUCAGGCUGGCAAGCACUAAAUCUUGUCCAGAUGCUUAGGACAAAAAUCCAAACCUGAAGUUUCAUCAUGUGGUUUAUUUAAUGCGUUAUACCAUGCCCACUUCAGUUCUCUCUUGCAAAAUGGGUUGGGAUUUUUCAGUGUAGUUAUGUGCAAUUUUUGUUGUAUCCCAUGAAAAGAGUAUUUGAAAGAAAACCUGUAUAAAGUUCUAUUCUGUGUGUUUAAGCAAAGAAGAGAUGCUCUUUCCUCUUUGGGGCAUUUGUGCUGGAGGAUGUGGGAGGGAUCCACCUCAGUGUUCUGUGCUGCCUGUGUUCCUGCACUGACUCCAUGGUGUCACACUCCAUCCUCAAACCUGGCGAGCCCUGGGCACUGGGGCUCUGCAAGGUCACACACUCCAGGUGGAGCAGCCCAGGCACUCAGGAGCCCCUAAUGGCCCUGGGGGUCCAGGGCAGAGCAGCUGGAGGUUCCCCUUAGAAGGAGAGGCUUUUGUAAAGGCCCUGCCCCCUGUUUAAAUCCACCAGGGACAACUCUUCACAGCACCAGGGCACCUCUGUUGUUCUUGUUAGCAGCAGGAUGGCAAAUGGUAUUCUUACCCCUUUAUGACUAUAAAUGGUUCUUUGAAAAACUGUUUUAGAAACAGAGGACUUGUAAGGUGAAUUUGGACAUCAGAAAAUUCUUUUGUAUAGAUAUUGUGAUGUUCUACAAAGUGAUCUAAUUUUGUUAUUUCUGAAAACAGUGUAAACGUGUAAGUAAUAGAGUAAAGGAUUUUAAAGCUUCAUCCCAUGCUGUAUGUCUGUAAAUACAUUCCAUCAUUUCUGUUACAUAUAAAUGUGUCUGAAUAUUGUAUAUUUUAAAUCGCCUGUAUUCUGCCAGUAGUGUGAACUUCUAGCACAUUGAUAAUAUAAAAGGAAACCAUGGGUAUUUGAAAUAAAGUUCUAAAACUUA